AUCCGAUACAGGCCAUAUGGCAUUUCUAGUGAAACCAACAGAUGUUUCUCUCACUGUGUCCUUUUCCUCGGUUGCUGCCUGAUCUCUUCUUUUGUUCCCACAUGUCCUGUCUGCAGAGGGCCGUCAGCAGUAACGCAGGCAGCAAUUGUUGCUGUGUGUCAAGUUAUUGGUGUGGAUUUUAUAAUACAAAAAUUCGUGGACAAAGGAGCUGCUCACCAUGUUAGAAAUAAAGCCUGUCUUUUCAAAGAGUUCAGUAACUGGAUCCUGGCUUCUCGGUCAUCAUCUUUACUGAAUAUCCUCUCCUUUGUGUUGUGCCUGCUGCUGUUCAGAGCCAAUUUAAUAUAAAGCUGAAUUUGUUCAGUGGCUUGCAUUUGUGGUAGAAUUGACCUCUGCCAAGAAAACAUUAAACGUUGGAGGGGGGAAAUAAUCAAAAGCAGUUGGCGUCUAAAAGAUGUGCCAUGGAAUGGUAUCAACAACGAGCACCACCACAUCGCUGCUUACCUUGAUCAGUCAUGGGAUAUUUUUUCCAUUGGCUCUCUUCAGUACCCUCACGGUGGAAGGACUGGACUCAUUCUGUCCACAGCCACCCGAACCUGAGAAUGGAGGCUACAUAUGCCACCCGUCCCCCUGCAAAGAGCCAUUGACAUCUGACAGUGUCAUAGAGUAUUUAUGUGAGGAAGGCUAUCUGCUGAAGGGAGACUACAAAUAUUUGACUUGCAAGAAUGGAAAGUGGAACCCAGACAUGGAAGUUACCUGUAGGCUCAGCCAAGAUAAAGGUUCACCUCCAAGUGUCGGAGUGCCCACCCUGUCCAUAGUGGCUUCCACAGCAAGCUCUGUAGCUCUCAUCCUCCUCUUAGUUGUGUUGUUUGUUUUGCUGCAGCCAAAGCUGAAGUCCUUUCAUCACAGCAGGCGUGAUCAAGGUGUUUCUGGGGACCAGGUUUCCAUCGUGGUGGAUGGAGUCCAGGUGGCUCUGCCAUCCUAUGAAGAAGCUGUCUAUGGCAGUGCUGGGAACUGCAUACCUCCUUCGGAUUCACGGGUACAGAUUGUCCUUUCGGAGGGAGCUGGGCAAAGUGGAGUGAGGGAGAUGCAGCAGCCACCAGACCAAGUGGGUCACAACUGCUUUGCUGGGGAGGAUGAAAUCCCUGGACGCUCUGGACUGUGUGAAGCUAGCAGCUCUCGCCACUCGGAGGCUGUUCUAGUUCAUCAGGCGACCACCUCCUCUUGGGUUGCUGGUGCAUCUUGUAGCAGACCUGGGCACAAAGAAGCUCCAGACUCAGAAAGCAGUGAUGUACAAAGCCUUCUAUCACUUGCUUCCUCAGAGGAAUACACUGAUGAUAUUCCAUUGUUGAAAGAAGCAUGAGGCUUGCUGCGUUUGUCUAGCCUUUUCUCUCCAUUUUCCUUCUUCCGGGAUGGUGAGCACUCCUCGCAGACUUUCCCCACCCUCAUGCGCUGUGCCCUGAAUACCUCCAGACACAUACCCCAUAGCUGAAGAUCCAAAGGAUGCCGCCAGGAUGCCUCCUCGAUGCAUCAGUGGGGUGUACAGGGUGCCAGCCGUUCCUCCCCACAUUUUAUCCACAUUAAGGAGGGGCUUCAGUGACAUCAGUGGACUUAAGCUCCUCAUACCUCUCCCCUUCCCCACCAAAUGUUUGAGUGUGGUCUCUGGAGAGCUGCUAUUUACUUGUGCCUUGCUCCUUCUCACACUAGCUUGUUGCAGCUUCUCGUGGGCUUUACUAGCUUCUGGAUUUCUGCUCAGAAAGCAGGGCCAAAAAAACAACAACCAAGCUUGCUUUGCUGGGUGCAGAGAGUUUCCUUCCAUUUAUUCACUGUCUUAUGAAGGCAAGCAAGUCAGAACACCUGUGGAUGGGCUGUGAGAAGAAGUGGGUCAGAGUCCAGUUGUAGUGACAUACACAUAUUGCAGCCCUCAGAGUUUUCAACAACAUAGACUACUUAGCGUAGCUGCACUUUAACUUGGGCAGUGUUGGCUAUGUUAAAGGCCCCUGCAACUUGUCGACCUUUCUUUUUUCUUUUUGUUUUAAAGAAAAGCAAGAUCAUUAAUGGCAAGCUUAGGCUGUUACUUGCUUUUCUUUGUUUCCCAAAGAGAGGGAGGAAGUGAGCACUUGCUGGGGUGAAGUGUCUGUACCUCUGCAAGUUUCCAUUUAAACAAAACAAAACUGUCCCCCCUCUACCUUUGUUCAUCAAGGGUGAUUCUCUAAACUUGGUGUGAGCUGAAGUCUAGGGUUGUAUUGAGACAAACAGCUUAGAGCAAUUCAAUCUAUGGCCAGAUUUAAGAGCACUUGCAUUGAGAAGCCCACAUGGAAAAUGACUGCCCUCUUCCUAGAACAGCCAGCCUGCCAGCAAUAGGACAGCUGUACCAUAGUUGAUCCAAAGCCUUUCGUCUUGGAGUGUGUUGAGCUCGUUUUCUGUGGAAUGACUGUAGGAUAUUGGUGUGUGUGCACAUUUUGCUGUUCCCCGAGUAGGGUUCAUCACCUAUGCCUUUACUUUGACCCACUUUAAUCAGAGAGCAAUUUUGGCCUCACCACUUUAUUUUUGUUGCUGUUGUUGGGUCCCAUCCUUGCGAAAGCAAUGCCAGGGCUUUUAGUGUUUAGCCUACAUUGCUUAUGUCUUCCUCCUGGUUCUGUUAGAAACUAGUCAUUGGAAUAUGGAUCACCAUUAGCAAGUACCUAGCUUUUUGUAUCUGGCAUGUCCUAUUUGCCUUGAAUGAAUAACAGUAAUAGUCUGCCUUAAAACAAAAUAGAAUGGAAAGAGCCAUACUGCUGUCUUUACCCUUUUGGAAGAUCCCCCGCCCCAGUUUCUUCCUCCACCCACUCCCAUUGCACACUGCUUCUUUCUAUGCAGGGAAUAUGUUCGCUUACCUCCACCUCUUUCCAUAUAAAUAUACUUAUUGCUCUUGUUUAUCUAGCCCUCUGUGGUCAGUGCAUUGCAGUUUGAUGGCAUCUUGGAAGUAUAAAUUCCCAGAUUUUUCUCCAGUGAGCCUUCCUUAAUCAAACAGUUCUUUGAUCUUUCCUAAAGAUUCCUACAACAAAAGUGGAAUGGCUUGGUUGCCAGUUCUCACACUUGCCCCCGUCUUAAAACCAGGGUGAGCACACAGAACCACAGUGUGCUUUAAAAUAUCAAGGGAAGUAGAAAGGCCAUUCUUU